UUGGCCGCUGCGCCUCCUCCCGAGGCAUGCUGGGAGCCUGGAGGACUAGUGAGGAGGAGUUGAGAGAACGGAGCGGACGCCAUGGCGACCAACAUCGAGCAGAUUUUUAGGUCUUUCGUGGUCAGUAAAUUCCGAGAAAUUCAACAGGAACUUUCAAGUGGAAGGAGUGAAGGACAGCUCAAUGGUGAAACAAACACACCUAUUGAAGGAAGCCAGGCAGGUGAUGCAGCUGCCUCUGCCAGGAACCUACCAAAUGAAGACAUAGUUCAGAAGAUAGAGGAAGUACUUUCUGGGGUCUUAGAUACAGAAUUACGAUAUAAGCCAGACUUGAAGGAGGCAUCCAGAAAAAGUAGAUGUGUGUCUGUCCAAACAGAUCCUACUGAUGAAAUUCCUACCAAAAAGUCGAAGAAGCAUAAAAAGCACAAAAAUAAAAAGAAGAAAAAGAAGAAAGAAAAGGAGAAAAAGUAUAAAAGACAGUCAGAAGAAUCCGAGUCAAAGCCAAAAUCACAUCAUGAUGGGAACAUGGAGUCGGAUUCCUUUUUGAAGUUUGAUUCUGAACCUUCAGAGAUGGCACUGGAGCAUUCUGUAAGAGCAUUUGGCCUAUAUGACACCAGUGAAUCUCCCGCAGUUGUGCUUGAACCUCCUGUAGUUUCGAUGGAGGUCUCAGAGCCACACAUCUUAGAAACUUUGACGCCAGCUGCAAAACAUACAGAACUGUCAGUUGCAUCUACAUCAGUAGUCUCAGUGCCGUCAGAGCAGUCUGUGGCAGUAAUGCUGGAACCGUCCACAACAAAGAUUCUGGAUUCCUUUGCAACAGCACCAGUGCCUACAGCAACAGUAGUGCUCAAGUCCUCUGAGCCAGUGGUAACGGUGUCAGUGGAGUGUCAGAUGAAAUCUGUGCAGAAGUCUUUGGAGAGCACACCUCCAGAGCCAUCAAAGAUCAUGUUGCUAGAGCCUCCAGCAGCAAAAGUGCUAGAGCUAUCAGAAACUCUUGUGUCAUCAGAGACACCUACUGAGGUGCACCCUGAGCCAAGCACGUCAACAGCAAUGGAUUUUCCAGAGUCGUCAGCAACUGAAGUGCUAAGAUUGCCAGAGCAGCCUGUAGAAGGACCAUCAGAGAUUGCAGAUUCAUCCAUGACACGACCGCAGGAGAUGCUGGAGCUGCCCAAGACCACAGCGUUGGAGCUGCAGGAGUCGUCGGUGGCCUCAGUGAUGGAGUUGCCGGGGCCACCUGCGACCUCCAUGCCGGAGUUGCAGGGGCCCCCUGUGACUCCAGUGCUGGAGUUACCUGGGCCCUCUGCUACCCCGGCGCCAGAGUUGCCAGGGCCCCUUUCUACCCCAGUGCCUGAGUUGCCGGGGCCCGCUGCGACAGCAGUGCCUGAGUUGGCGGGGCCCUCUGUGACAGCAGUGCCGCAGUUGUCACAGGAAUUGUCAGGGCUUCCAGCACCAUCCAUGGGGUUGGAGCCACCACAGGAGGUACCAGAGCCACCUGUGAUGGCACAGGAGUUGCCAGGGCUGCCUGCAGUGACAACAGCAGUAGAGUUGCCAGGGCAGCCUGUGGUAACAGUAGCAAUGGAGUUGACCGAACAACCUGUGACGACGACAGAAUUGGAGCAGCCUGUGGGGAUGACAGCGGUGGAACAUCCUGGGCAGCCUGAGGUGACAACGGCAACAGGGUUGCUGGGGCAGCCUGAGGCGGCAAUGGUGCUGGAGUUGCCGGGACAGCCGGUGGCAACGACAGCGCUGGAGUUGUCAGGGCAGCCUUCGGUGACUGGGGUGCCAGAGUUGCCAGGGCUGCCUUCGGCAACUAGGGCGCUGGAGUUGUCGGGGCAACCUGUGGCAACUGGGGCACUGGAGUUGCCUGGGCAGCUCAUGGCAGCUGGGGCACUGGAGUUCUCGGGGCAGUCUGGGGCAGCUGGAGCACUGGAGCUUCUGGGGCAGCCUUUGGCAACAGGGGUGCUGGAGUUGCCAGGGCAACCUGGGGCGCCAGAGUUGCCUGGGCAGCCUGUGGCAACUGUGGCGCUGGAGAUCUCUGUUCAGUCUGUGGUGACAACGGAGCUGUCAACGAUGACCGUGUCGCAGUCCCUGGAGGUGCCCUCGACGACAGCGCUGGAAUCCUAUAAUACGGUAGCACAGGAGCUGCCUACUACAUUAGUGGGGGAGACUUCUGUAACAGUAGGAGUGGAUCCCUUGAUGGCCCAAGAAUCCCAUAUGUUAGCUUCUAACACCAUGGAGACCCAUAUGUUAGCAUCCAACACCAUGGACUCCCAAAUGCUAGCGUCCAACACCAUGGACUCUCAAAUGCUAGCAUCCAACACUAUGGACUCCCAGAUGUUAGCCUCUAGCACCAUGGACUCCCAGAUGUUAGCAACCAGCUCCAUGGACUCCCAGAUGUUAGCAACCAGCUCCAUGGACUCUCAGAUGUUAGCAACCAGCUCCAUGGACUCUCAGAUGUUAGCAACCAGCUCCAUGGACUCUCAGAUGUUAGCAACCAGCUCCAUGGACUCCCAGAUGUUAGCAACCAGCUCCAUGGACUCCCAGAUGUUAGCAACCAGCUCCAUGGACUCCCAGAUGUUAGCAACCAGCUCCAUGGACUCCCAGAUGUUAGCAACCAGCACCAUGGACUCCCAGAUGUUAGCCACUAGCUCUAUGGACUCCCAGAUGUUAGCAUCUGGCACUAUGGACUCUCAGAUGUUAGCUUCUGGCUCCAUGGAUGCUCAGAUGUUAGCGUCUGGUACCAUGGAUGCCCAGAUGUUAGCAUCUAGUACCCAAGAUUCUGCUAUGUUGGGUUCAAAAUCUCCUGAUCCCUACAGGUUAGCUCAGGAUCCUUACAGGUUAGCUCAGGAUCCGUAUAGGUUAGGUCAUGACCCUUACAGGCUAGGUCAUGAUGCCUACAGGUUAGGGCAGGACCCCUAUAGAUUAGGCCAUGAUCCCUACAGACUAACUCCUGAUCCCUAUAGGAUGUCACCUAGACCCUAUAGGAUAGCACCCAGGUCCUAUAGAAUAGCUCCCAGGCCAUAUAGGUUAGCACCUAGACCCCUGAUGUUAGCAUCUAGACGUUCUAUGAUGAUGUCCUAUGCUGCAGAACGUUCCAUGAUGUCAUCUUAUGAACGCUCUAUGAUGUCUUAUGAGCGGUCUAUGAUGUCCCCUAUGGCUGAGCGUUCUAUGAUGUCAGCCUACGAGCGCUCUAUGAUGUCAGCCUAUGAGCGCUCUAUGAUGUCCCCUAUGGCUGAGCGCUCUAUGAUGUCAGCUUAUGAACGCUCUAUGAUGUCAGCCUACGAGCGCUCCAUGAUGUCCCCAAUGGCUGACCGAUCUAUGAUGUCCAUGGGUGCUGACCGGUCUAUGAUGUCGUCGUACUCUGCUGCUGACCGGUCUAUGAUGUCAUCGUACUCUGCAGCUGACCGAUCUAUGAUGUCAUCUUAUACUGCUGAUCGUUCAAUGAUGUCUAUGGCAGCUGAUUCUUACACCGAUUCUUAUACUGAUACAUACACGGAGGCAUAUAUGGUGCCACCUUUGCCUCCUGAAGAGCCUCCAACAAUGCCACCAUUGCCACCUGAAGAGCCACCAAUGACACCACCAUUGCCUCCUGAGGAACCACCAGAGGGUCCAGUGUUAGCCACUGAGCAGUCAGCAUUAACAGCUGAAAAUACAUGGUCUGCUGAGGUGCCAGCAUUACCUCCUGAAGAGUCUGUAUCGCUGCCUGAACCUCCUGUGAGUCAGAGUGAGAUUGUGGAGCCUUUGGCAGUGACUGCUAAUUAUUCAGUGUCAGCAUCAGAGCCUUCAGUGUUAGCAUCAGAGGCUGACUUGACUGUUCCAGAACCACAGCUAGAGCCAGAGUCUUCAGUUAUGUCAACACCUGUAGAGUCUGCUGCUGGAGCAGAAGAGCAUGAAAUUGUUGCAGAGAGACCAGUGACUUACAUGGUGUCUGAAACUCCCACAUCAUCAGCUGAACCAACUGUGUUAACAUCAGAGCCUUCUGUUAUGUCAGAGACAGCAGAAACUUAUGAUCCCAUGAGGGCUUCAGGACAGACUGCCUCAGAGGUAUCUAUGUCUCUGCGGGAGCCAGCGGUGCCUGUCGCAGAGCCAUCACAGAGCACUGUAGAUCUGCCAGCUGUGGCUGCUCCAGAGCACCCAGCUGGGAUUGUUUCAGAGACAUCAACCGUGGCUGUCCCAGAGCCACAGGCUGCGGCUGUCCUAGACCCUCCAGCUGCGGCUGUCCUGGACCCACCAGCUGAGGCUGUACCAGAGCCCCUGGCCUUGUCUGAGCCAGAGCAUGUUACUGUUGCUGUGCCAGUUGUUUCUACCCUGGAGCCUACUGUGCCUAUUCUGGAACCAGUGGUGUCCAUCCUUCAACCUAAUGUGAUUGUUUCAGAACCAUCUAGUUGUAUCCAAGAGUCCACUGUGACAAUUUCAGAGCCUCCUGUCACUGUCUCAGAGCAGACUCAAGUAAUACCAGCUGAGACAGUUGUAGAGUCUACACCAGUAAUAUUAGAGUCUAGUGUUAUAAAAGGAAUGAAUUUACUAUCUGGUGAUCAAAGUUUUGCUUCAGAGAUUGGCCUGCAGGAGAUAGCCAUGCAUUCAGAGGAAGAGCCACGUGCUGAAGGACUCCUGAAGAGUGGUUCUAAUGAAACUGAAAAUUGUAUAAAUACAGACCUUAACAUAAAUAAUCACUUAAUUGCUCAAGAGAUAGAACGUAGCACAGUGUCUGCUGCCAGCACUGGUGCUGUUGGUGAAAUUGGUGAAGAGGCAGUUUUGCCUACCAGUGAGACUAAACAAUGCGCAGUAUUGGAUACCUGUCCUAGUGUUAGUGAAACUGAGCUAGGAGGAACUCUGUCUUCUGUUGGUCCCCUUGUCCUUGAAUCUGAAGCAGUGGGAACUGGUAAGGAUCUUGAAUUUGGCACAGCAUCUGCUCUCAGUUCAGUUAGUAAAUAUGAUGGUGAGGUAUCUUUAACUACUCAAGAUACUGAACAUGACAUGGUCAUUUCCACCAGUCCCAGUGGUGGCAGUGAAGCUGACAUAGAGGGACCUUUGCCUGCUAAAGACAUUCAUCCUGAUCUAUCUAAUAAUUUUAUCAACAAGGAUGCAGAAGGAUCAUUACCUGUACAGGAGAGUGACCAGAUGUUAGCAGCUGCUGUCAGUCCUAAAGAAAGUAGUGGGGAAGAUAAAGAAGUAUCUCUCACUACUAAAGAGAUAUUGUCUGAUUCAGGAUUUCCUGCCAGCAUUGAUGAUAUUAAUGAAGCUGAUUUAGUGAGACCAUUACUUCCUAAAGACAUGGAACGUCUUACAAACCUUAGAGCUGGUAUUGAAGGACCUUUACUUUCGAGUGAGGUAGAACGGGAUAAAUCUGCUGCCAGUCCAGUUGUAAUUAGUAUACCAGAAAGAGCUUCAGAGUCGUCUUCAGAGGAAAAAGAUGAUUAUGAAAUUUUUGUAAAGGUUAAGGACACACAUGAAAAAAGCAAGAAAAAUAAGAACCGUGACAAAGGCGAGAAAGAGAAGAAAAGAGACUCUUCAUUAAGGUCGAGAAGUAAACGUUCCAAGUCUUCUGAACACAAAUCUCGAAAACGCACCAGUGAAUCUCGUUCUAGGGCAAGGAAGAGAUCAUCUAAGUCCAAGUCUCAUCGCUCUCAGACACGUUCGCGGUCACGAUCAAGACGCAGGAGGAGGAGCAGCAGGUCAAGAUCAAAGUCCAGGGGGAGGCGAUCUGUAUCAAAAGAGAAGCGCAAAAGAUCUCCAAAGCACAGGUCCAAGUCCAGGGAAAGAAAGAGAAAAAGAUCAAGCUCCAGGGAUAACCGGAAAACAGGUAGAGCUCGAAGUCGCACCCCAAGUCGUCGGAGCCGGAGUCAUACUCCGAGUCGUAGGAGAAGAUCCAGAUCCGGGGGGAGAAGGAGCUUUAGCAUUUCCCCGAGCCGACGGAGCCGCACCCCAAGCCGAAGGAGCCGCACCCCAAGCCGAAGGAGCCGCACCCCUAGCAGACGGAGCCGGACCCCGAGUCGACGGAGCCGGACCCCGAGUCGACGGAGCCGGACCCCGAGCCGUCGGAGAAGAUCAAGAUCUGUGGUAAGAAGACGAAGCUUCAGUAUAUCACCAGUCAGAUUACGGCGAUCACGAACACCCUUGAGAAGAAGGUUUAGCAGAUCUCCAAUCCGUCGCAAACGAUCCAGGUCUUCAGAAAGAGGCAGAUCACCUAAACGUCUCACAGAUUUGAAUAAGGCUCAGUUACUUGAAAUAGCCAAAGCUAAUGCAGCUGCCAUGUGUGCUAAGGCUGGUGUUCCUUUACCACCAAACCUAAAGCCUGCACCUCCACCUACAAUAGAAGAGAAAGUUGCUAAAAAGUCAGGAGGAGCUACUAUAGAAGAACUAACUGAGAAAUGCAAACAGAUUGCACAGAGUAAAGAAGAUGAUGAUGUAAUAGUGAAUAAGCCGCAUGUUUCGGAUGAAGAGGAAGAAGAACCUCCUUUUUAUCAUCAUCCCUUUAAACUCAGUGAACCCAAACCCAUUUUUUUCAAUCUGAAUAUUGCUGCAGCAAAGCCAACUCCACCAAAAAGCCAGGUAACAUUAACAAAAGAAUUCCCUGUAUCAUCUGGAUCUCAACAUCGGAAAAAAGAAGCAGAUAGUGUUUAUGGAGAGUGGGUCCCUGUAGAGAAAAACGGUGAAGAAAACAAAGAUGAUGAUAAUGUUUUCAGCAGCAAUUUGCCCUCUGAGCCUGUGGACAUCUCUACAGCAAUGAGUGAACGGGCACUUGCUCAGAAAAGACUCAGCGAGAAUGCAUUUGACCUUGAAGCUAUGAGCAUGUUAAAUCGUGCUCAGGAACGGAUUGAUGCCUGGGCUCAGCUGAACUCUAUUCCCGGCCAGUUCACAGGAAGUACAGGAGUACAGGUUUUGACACAAGAACAGUUGGCCAAUACUGGUGCCCAAGCCUGGAUUAAAAAGGAGUACUGGCAGCAUAGCAGUGCUGAAACAGGGAGGCUGCCUGGUCUAACGGAUUGGGAAGGUUUCUUAAUGGCGCUGUACUCCUGACUCCUGUUGUGAUCGUGGCAAGUAAUUACUUGGAAUUUCAGUUUCCAAGUGCCUUCUUAACUGCCUCGCGGGGUGGUGAUCGAUGUAAUGUCAUGGGUAAUAGAGAACUGCUGAGUGCCAGUGAAUGAGCUGAUUUUUUCUGAAAAAUCAGAUUUUUGGUUGCUUUGGACCUUUUAAUCUCAUAACAUUUCUUUUUUCAAUUUUGAUAGCAUUAUCUCUGGUGAUCUUAUUAACAAAUUAAUAUAAAGCAUACCCUUACUUUGCCUGCCCCCCUUUUUUGGAGCAGCAGAAUAGUUGCACUAAUAAGUAUGAUAUACUGUGAGUACAUAGUCAGAUUGGUUAAAAAAUGAACGUAGUUUACUAGGGGUUGGUGUUGGAAAAAAAGAUGAAAAUUAGAAAAUUUGGGUUAAUUACAGUAUUUAAAAUAUGAAAGUGAUUCAUGUAGUGCUUGAAAAAUGGCUUUCAUCUCAUUGGGAAUAAUUAUAAAUGUACAUAAAUUUAUUUUAAUUUAAUACUAUCUAAUGGUGAAGCUGAAUACUCCAUAUUUCAGAAAGUUAGACUUGAAGCUCUAUGAUAAUUAAAUAGUCAUGUACAUUACUAGGUAGAAACUUAAGAAUGUGAUUCCGUUGCAAAGUGCUGGUCUUCAUUUGUACAUUGAAGUUCUGAUACAUAUAUAUUGCUAAAGACUUCUAAACAUCACAUAACUUUUAAAAAUGAUUAAAUUGGGUUCCUCAUAAACUUUGCUUUUUCUUUUUGACUGCUAGUCCUUGUAGACAGUUCGCAGAUCAUUUAAAAUGUAGAUGUGGAUCAUAUUUGAUAAGUUACCACAAGAUAAAGACAUGUUCAUUUAUCACACCAAAUUUUUGAAUAAUUACAGAAAGUGCUUUCAGGAAACUUCUAUUUGUGUGUUGCUGAAAAAUACAUGCUGCUAAUAUCAAUUAAGGCAGAACCACUUUACUCAGAAAAAUGAACAAAAACAUGGACAAAGUCAUUAGGCAACUAUAAUAUUCAUCUUCGUGGUCAAAUAUCACAAACUACUUGUUUCAUUUAGAAAACUUUUUCAAAUGUCCAUUCAUACGGUGUUCCUUGCCUUCCUGUAGGGCAACACCCUCUUAAUGUUAAGGACUACAGGGAAUGCCAGCAUUCUCCAUAUUCUUUUUUUGUUUGCUGCAGUAUACUCUUAGAUGAAAAGGAAUGAGUUUUAUUAGUAGUAAGAAAAAAUUCGAAUGGUUAUUGAUUUGAAAGAACCUUUAUUUUCUGAAAUGAUUUGGACAUGACCUGAUGAAUAUUGUUUACUAUUGUAGUCUUACUACAUUAAUUAGCUUUUUGUUAAACUGUAUAUACACCCUGGUGUAAAGAAACAUUUGAAGAUAAUAGAGAACAGAAACAGAAACCUGCGUUAUUUGGGGAUUUGUGUUAUACUCUGCACAGUUGCCCUUUUUUUUAGGAGUGUUUCCUGGAAAAGAGGGGCGGAUGAACCUGAAAGUAAGUAAAAGUCAUUCUAGGUGUGUAGAAACAAGGCAGUUGGUACCCAAGCAUCAAGCUAACUUUUCUCUCUGUACAUCAACACUGCAUGGCCUGCACCACAUAAGGAACUGAACCAGGGCUAUGUUUUUACCUCCACAGCUGCCUCCUUCCAUCAGAGCACCUUGUUGAACUUAAUGUCUAGUCACAUACCAUUGGCAUGUUUUCUCCCCAGCUUAUAAUUAAAUAGCUGGGGAGGGGGAAAGGAUACAGUUUUACUACUGUGUAAAACCAAAAUUUAGUAGUAACUUAUCAGUAGAGGAAAUGAUUAUACUGUGUCCAGAGCUACCAAAAUUUUGGACUCCCUCUGUUGAUAAGUUAAAUGACUUUUGCUUACAUUUGCUAGAGAAUGUAAAUGUAAAAUACUUAGUAACAAGGGGAAACAAGACAUGAUUUGGAGAUUAUAUUUUAAAUGUUUAAAAAAUGACCAUAAAGAUCAACAGUAGAAUUCAGUUGUUUGUUACAUAUACAUGGAUGCCCUUUAAAAAGAGGCAUCACUUAUAUCUUAGUGUGUGGAAACAAUUGACUGUUGACCAUGCUAAUGUAUAUAGUGUUGUGCAUCUUACGACAUUAAGUGGUUUGCUGCUUUGAUGGAAAUUAUGGUUCAGUGGGUUGGAUACAAGAGAGAUGAUUGUUCACAGAAUAACCUGUGAACUUUCACCCCUCUGUAUGGAAACUUGUUUCAGGGCCAAAUCCUUGUAGCUGUCUUCUUGCCCCGGUCAGUGCCAGCCCUACUAUUCACAACACUGCUGCUACCGAGGCCUAG